UAACAAUAAUAAUAACAACAUUAUAACAAUACCAAUAAUAAUAAUAAUCACAAAAAAAAUGUCCUAUCAAAAUAAACUUGCCGACUUUCGGUUUAACUAUUCAGCGCUCCGGUUGGCUGCCGUUCAAGCUCACCCGGAAGACCGACGCAACAAACAGCCAUGCGAGUAGCAAUCAUCGGAGCCGGGGUCAUCGGCCUUUCCACAGCCCAGAGCAUUUACGAGCAUUACCACGACAAAGCCCGGCCCUUGAAUAUCGAUGUCUACGCUGACGUCUUCACUCCUCUGACCACCAGCGACGGAGCAGCAGGACUGUGGCAGCCGUACCUAUAUGACAAAGGCAACAUCCAGGAGACAAAAUGGAACAAAGAAACAUUUGAUUACCUUCUGAGUUUCCUCAACUCUCCUGACUGUGUGCAAAUGGGAAUAUUCCUGCAGUCUGGCUACAACCUGUGCACCCGACAAGCCCCGGAGCCUUCAUUUAGGGAUAUAGUGUUGGGGUUUCGGGAACUCACCCAGCGUGAGCUCGAUAUGUUUCCUGGAUACAGCAUGGGUUGGUUUAACACCGCUAUAAUGCUGGAAGGGAAGACGUAUCUGCCCUGGCUCAUGAACUGGUUGAUGCAAAGAGGUGUGAAGUUUCAUCACAAAAAGAUCCACUCAUUCCAAGAGCUGGCAGAGAGUGGAGCCGACGUUAUCGUCAACUGCUCAGGCGUUCGAUCGGGUGACCUCCAACCCGAUCCGGAGCUUACUCCAGGCCGAGGACAGAUAAUCAAGGUGGACGCUCCUUGGAUCAAGCACUUCAUCCUGACGCACAAUUUCACAUCAGGGGCUUACAGUACUCCGUAUAUCAUCCCAGGGAGUCGUCUGGUGACCGUUGGGGGGAUAUUCCAAGUGGGAAACUGGAAUGAUAAGAACACUUCCUUCGACCACAAGGGCAUUUGGGAGAGAGCCUGUGCCCUGGAGCCCAGCUUAAAACAUGCUCGUAUAGUGGAGGACUGGACGGGUCUCAGACCAGUCCGCAGCAAAGUCAGGCUGGAAAGAGAGACCAUCCGCUCUGGAGCCCACAUGAUCGAGGUAAUCCAUAACUACGGUCACGGAGGCUACGGCCUGACGAUCCACCGUGGCUGUGCUGAAGAAGCCGCCCGUCUCUUCGGUGAGGUCCUGAAGCGGCAAACGAGAGCUAAAUCCCGCCUCUAAUUGUCGACUGCUGUGUUCGAGCGAGUGUCCAUUCUAGCAACUUAAUGCAUAAUCAGCGAUCUAUAAUCAGGAAUAUGAAUCUGCUCAGGAAAUUUGCAUCAUGAUCUCAAAGCAAUGUGAAUCAUCAGGAAGUCACUUUAAUCUAUAAGAAGAAACUCCAUUGGUCACCUAUUUGUCCAUAAACACCAUUUAUGUCACCAUAUGACGAGUUUUUGAAUACAAUUACACACAUAUGUAUACACACACACACACAGGCUAUUUCAAAUAGUGUUUAAUGUAGAUACACAUAAAGAUCCAGUGUGCUGUAGGAUAUCUGCAUACACACACACUCACGCACGCACAAAACUAAAUUGCAGUGAACGCAAACGUUUUAUUUCACCGUACAGGUGAGAAGCUCCUGAUAAAGCUUGUCGCAGAUGGAACGCAACUCCAAAGUUUCUUUGCAAAAUACUUACAAUAGAAAUAACAAGAAGUUAUAAUAAUAAAAAAACACAAAUUAAACAGA